UAAUAAGUAACAAGUCACUUCAGGUUCAAAGGUUCAAUCGCAUGGGAUGCUGGGAAACUUCCUACGGUGGAAGUAAUAAAAUAAGACCCACUGGUUGUCAUUUCUGUUGUUUCUUUAGUUAGUGUCUUAAAGUAUCUGAAAUGGUUAAGAAGCAGGUAGGUACUGGGCCGUUGUCGAGGCGUCCUGAUAAUUCGGCGUUUAAACAGCAGAGGUUACCAGCCUGGUCUCCGUCUCUCACAGCACAGACUGUCCUGCCAACAUUCUACAUUCUGUCUCUGGUUUGUUUGAUACUGGGAAUAUGGCUUGUCAUCACAGUUGAGAACACUUACCAACUGAAGGUGGACUACACAAAUUCUGGGUCGUGUGAGCGAUGCUUUGAGUUACGGAAGAAUGCCACCAAUGCCAAAACCCCCUGCGAGUGCUGGGUCAACUUCAAUGUUCCUAAACUCUUUCUGGGUGAUGUAUUCUUUUACUACGGUCUGAGGAACUUUCAUCAGAACCUGCGGAGGUACAUGGACUCCCGCGACGAUGCACAGAUGGUGGGGAGGAAAAAAAACCUGAAGACACCGAGUUCAUACUGCGCCCCCCCGUUCGAUUACGAUGCAAGAGGAGUGCCCAUUGCCCCCUGUGGCGCUGUGGCCAACAGCAUGUUUAAUGACUCAUUUAGUGUGACUUAUCAUCCAACUACCGCACGAUCAGCGCUGGUUCCACUCUACAGGAAGGGCAUCGCGUGGUACACAGACAAAAACGUGAAAUUCCGUAACCCCCCAACCAACGACACAUUUACACUUCAACAGGCCUUCGAAGGCACGACUCAGCCUUUAUAUUGGCAGCGUCCUGUCUAUGACCUGGCCCAGAGUGACCCCCUGAAUAAUGGCUUCAUAAAUGAUGACCUCAUUAUUUGGAUGAGAGAGGCAGCCUUCCCUAAUUUCAAAAAGCUUUACGGGGUUCUCAGUCGUGCUCAGGGGCCGUUCACCGAAGGCCUGCCUGCUGGCAACUACAACAUCUCCAUCAAUUACAAUUAUCCUGUUGAGUACUUCAGAGGUCGGAAGGAGGUGGUGAUCUCUACUGUGUCCUGGUUUGGGGGACAGAAUCACUUCUUGCCCAUAGCAUACCUGGUGACCAGUGGACUGAUCCUAGUGACAUCGUUUGUUCUCACAGCAGUGUACGUUAAAGUGGGAAAAAAAGGCAAGAACAUGGAAGAAUAAAUGACAAAAAAUGUGAAGUAAAGAAAAGACUAUCUGAAACGUUAAUUUUAGAUGUUGGCAACAUUCUCCUGCAUUAGAAUUAAAUUUAAUAGGGAACUGGUUAUUUUAUUUCAAUAUUUGCAUAUGAGCCUUAACCCAGUAAGUUCGGAUAACCUCUAAUUGUGUGCAAAACAUGACCCAAUCAUAUGAUGAAAUACUUCUGCCUUUGCAAAAGAGGACACAAACUAGAUUCUACUUUCUGCCAGGAGGGGGCAUCUGUGACAAUAAAGCAAUGUGUUUACUUUUACAGUAUACAGGGCAAUGUCAUGUUGAAUUUAAAUGUUGUUUGAAAAUGUAUUAGUUUACAUACCUGGAUCAUGUACAUUGCAUUUUAACACUCCAAAUAGUUUACAAAGAAAAUAUUUUGGUAGGUAUUACAGGCUGUCUAUUACGCUUUUCUCAUUUAGUCACGUGCACAUACUCUCUGGAAAUCUGUUGUGCCUUUACAACAAAACUUGAGUAAAUGCAUCAGUCUCCUUUUUCUAACUUGUGUGAUGAUGAAUGCAGUUAUUGUGACCCUUUAUCAAAUGAGAGGAUACAUGAAAUAUUUAUGUUUUGUACCAUAUUUUGUAGUGUCACUGUAUCAUCUCUAUGAACUGAAAAAAAAACUCAUUAAAAUGAGAAAAUAAUUAACUAACUUACAUAGUACUCAAGGUUUAUAUGUACAUUUUACAUUGAAAUAUUGAUUAAAAAAAAGGUUGCGUGAACUAUCAAGAUGUUGUGAUGUUCAACUGCAGUGACAUGCUUUGCAUUGAAUCGUUGUCAGCAAAUGUAUGUAUAUUAUAUGGAUGUGAUCAAGUACAAUUACUCUGCCGCAUAAGUCACAUGGCCAGGAUGUUCAUUCAAAAUUUGUUUGUUGAUUUCUGUAAUUACAUUUUAUUUUCUAAUAAAACUUCAAUUUAUUGUUUCAUUUUUCUAUACAA